CGAGGAAGAAAGGUUCCAACAUGGCGGCGCGUGGUUGGCUGUUGGCGAUUGUCGUUUUCUCCUUCUUGCUUUACGCCAAUGGCAAAAAGAAAGGCGUUUCAAAAGAGGCAAUGCUUGAAACAAAAGUCAGUCAGCUAAUGGAGUGGAACCAUCGGAAGUCCAUCAUCAGACUUAAUGGCGACAAAUACAGGACUUACCUACGUGCAUCACCCCGCAACUACUCUGUUAUACUGAUGCUUACAGCUCUAGCGCCGCACAGGCAGUGUGCCAUCUGUAGGGAGGCGCAUAAUGAAUACCUCAUUGUUGCCAAUUCCUGGCGCUACUCUCAGCAAUACACAAACCGCCUCUUCUUUGCAAUGGUCGACUUUGACGAAGGACCAGAUGUAUUCAAUGCUCUGCGUCUGAAUUCUGCCCCUGUAUUUAUGCACUUCCCUCCUAAAGGCAAGCCAAAGAAAGGGGAUACAUAUGACAUGCAAAGGAUGGGGUUCUCAGCUGAACAGAUCGCCCGUUGGGUUGGAGAGAGAACUGAUGUUCAAGUGCGAGUAUUUAGACCACCAAACUACAUGGGAGCUAUUGCGCUUGGACUUUUAGUUGUCCUUAUUGGAGGUCUACUUUACAUCCGCCGCAAGAACCUGGAAUUUCUGUACAACAAGUCUUAUUGGGCCAUGGGAGCACUGUGUGUUGUAUUUGCCAUGACCUCUGGUCAGAUGUGGAAUCAUAUCCGUGGCCCACCGUAUGCCCAUCGCAAUCCACAAACAGGACAAGUGAGUUAUAUCCAUGGCAGCAGUCAGGCCCAGUUUGUGGCCGAGACCCAUAUUGUGAUUCUUUUGAAUGCUGCCUAUGUCAUUGGUAUGAUUCUACUGAAUGAGAAAGCAUUUGAAGUCAAGGAAAUAGGGAAACGUAGAAUGGUUGUUAUGGCAGGCCUUGCUUUAGUUGUGGUCUUCUUUAGUCUCAUUCUCUCUGUUUUCCGCUCCAAGUAUCAUGGCUACCCAUACAGCUUCCUCAUCAAAUGAAUAAGCGCCCAGGAAUCUUUCUCCCUCACAUCAUUAAAGCCCUACAGUGCAUUUUGAAGGCAAUCCACCGUACGAGUCUCAGACGACGUUAUGCCAGCAUCAGUCCUUAGCAUAUAAUGCUACAUACUAUAAAUUGUUUGUAACAAAAUUGACACAUUGCUUAGGAUUCGGGUUCUAUAAGUAUAGCAAGUGGGGACAAAUGUGGGUGAUAUUGUACAAUUGCGACUGCCCUCCAAUGAAUCCAAUUGCAAAUUGUCCCCUUGUCAAAACCCCCCAUCUACGUUCAUAAUGAACUCCUUGGUCUUACUGUAUUUGUGAACGCUUGUGUGGGAGUCACUGGGGGAGUUUUAUGACUCUGACAUGCAAGUGGGAAGCAUUGCGUGACGCUGACAUGAGCUGUUGACACUAUACCCUCCUAUCAUUCCGUGAUUUUGCUAGGUGUACAGUAGUUAGAUUUUUAGUGACUGGUUUAUUGUUUUAUCUAGGGUACCGAAUGGUGAGUCUCCCGCACCGCCUUCUUUGUGUAGGUCACAUGACUACCGAAUUUGGAUUUGCUUUGCUGGUGCACAGUCUUCAUUGUGUUUACUGCUAGCAGAGGCCUCUUUUCUUUAUAUUUCUAUACAAAGAGCUUUGUCUAUACAAUGAAAAGAGGCAUCUGCUGGUAGGAAGUUCUCACAUAACACAACAAGACCAAGCUCCAAUCAUGAGCAAUUUAUUGGACCUCCUGUGGUUUUAUUGUUUUAUACACCGGUUGGCUGCCAGUAGAGUUUUCUUUCGUUUUUGUUAUGUGACAAAAAAAAUUGUGCUAUCAAUUUCGAGAUUGUACUCUGUUAUAAUUUCUGAAAAGCACCCUGUUAUAAUUUCUUUUAAGCGAUGAAAUAACCAGACAUAAUAACCAGCGCAACAAUUCUCUGUGAACAGCACACAAACAAGUAAAAAGAAAGUUCUUUAGAGUGACUGCUACAAGUUGUGUUGUGGCGCGAUGUAAGCCAAAUAUGGCGAGCAAUCACGAGCCGCCCAAGAGAAGUAGUAUAGGGUUAUCUACGGGGGAAUUCAUGUUAAUAAAAAAAAAUUCCGUGAAUAAUAAAACAACAGAUCUGGAAA